AUGGCGCCUACAUGCACGUCGACCCACAACGGGAAUAAGAGGCCGCUGAAGGGUCUGAAACGGGCAUGUUGGGAAUGUAAGAAGAUCAAGACGCAGGGUAACUCGAGCCAGACGGACGUCAGUGUGUACUCGAGUAUGAGCAACUCCGGGCCGGACCGGCUGUGUCAGGAGAACCAGGUUGGAGAACGGCUGGGGAAGCUUGAGCAGCUGUUUGAGAGGUUUGUGUGUCGUAAAAGCUCGGUCGUUGACCCUUUCGAGGUGCCGCGAAGCCCUACCUUGGUAGACUCGUUCGACACCCAGUCCAAGCUGUCCUUGCCCAUGUUCUCAAGCGAUGCGCAGAGCGUCUCGUCUAUUGGAGAAGGGAUUCUGGGUGCUCAGUCCUGGGCAUCUGCACCAGCCGUGCGGACUGUAGCGGACGAACCCAAGACGACACGCCCCUCGAGCAGCGAUACGGUGCACAGGUCCUUGGCUGCAUUGUUGCCGUCGCAGCACGAUGCGGAUAUCAUCUUCGAGUCAUCCAACGGGUGGAUGAUCCUGAACGGCAUCUACAGUGCCUCUCGGGAGAUAUACGUGGACAGAGACGAGCAGUCGUAUGCACUGAACAUGGCGGCCGUGGCGCAGGAGCGCUCGAUCAUCGUAGCCCGGACGCUCCUCCACCUGGCGAUAUGCAUCAACUCACUGCCGCCCGAGUUCGAGGCGUCUCGUCUGACAAACAUGUGGUCCUUGGACGCUACGAUGCAGAACUACGUGACCACGGUCAACACGCUGGUCACCAACGCGGACGAGAACAUGCUCACCCUCCACGGCCUCGAGUGCCUCAUGCUGCUCGCCGUGUUCCACAUGAACAGUGCCAACCUCCGCCAGGCUUGGCUCGUUGUGCGGCGAGCGAUGAAUCUGGCGCACCUCAUGGGCUUUCACCGGAUCGUAACCAAGCCGGACCUGAGUCCACCGAUAGCGGCGGUGAGCAAUGCGAAGACGCUGUGGCGACACUUUGUCGACCUAGACCGGUAUCUGGGGCUACACCUCCGGCUCCCCUUUGGGGCAGACGACGUGCCGGUCUCGGAGGAUGCUGACCUGCACCUGAUUCACCGGGCCAGAAUCAACGCGUUGACGAGAGAGGUAGCCGACCUGGAGCGCGAGGUGACGCCGCAGUCGUACGCCAAAGCACUGUCGCUGGAUGAAAGGCUGGAAUCGAACAUGCGCGAGAUGCCUCGGGAGUUUUGGGACGUGCCCAACGUGCCGUCGACGGCACGCUCCCCCGAGUCGUUUGCGGUGCUCGAGCGGCUCAUGGUGCAGAUGUGGCACUUUGAGCUCAAGAUCUUCAUCCACCUCCCUUACCUGCUCCGGGCGGCGCACGAGAGCCGGUACGAGUUCUCGAAGGUGACUGCGCUGCAAGCCAGCCGCAACGUGCUGAUGCGGUGGUUCGCGCUGCGCAACGCCAGCAUCACGCAAGCGUGCUGCCGGUUGGGCGAGAUCGGCGUCUUCAUCGCGGCGGUGACUCUGACGCUCGACAUAAUCAUUGAGCUAGCGACCAAGGAGAAGAGCGAAGUGCAGAAGAGCAAAGGGACCGACUUCGCCAUGAUCUGCCGGCUGAUUGGCGAGAUGGAGAAGCUGGCGCGAGCCAGCACGCGGGAGAAGAUUGCAUCGCGCAGCGCGGUGGUGCUGAAGAAGAUGCUCUGCUCGCUCGACCCCAGCCGACAGACGGCGGCGGGGGGCAAAGCACAGCUCACGAUUCCCUUCUUCGGGACGGUGGACCUCGAGUACCGAAAGCUGCCGGUGCGGCCGCUGUUCGACCUCGAUUCCGACACGGGCAGGAAGAUGAACGCCACCGGUCACCAUCUCCCCGUGUUUUCGUUUGUGAGCAAUGCGCUCUGGCCCUCUGUGCGGGAGGGGUAUGCCAGUGAUUUGGAUUGGGAUAUGGUGCUGUUUGAUGGCCUGGAGGAUCGCGACACGGAAGGGCAUUGGGUUUUUUAG